AAAAAAAAGAAGAAGAAGCUUUCAUAGUAAAUUCUUUUUUAAACUCGUAUUUUUUCUUUCUUUCAAUUUAUCUGAAGAAACUUUAUAAAUGUCUGAAAAAAAAAAUAGUAACAAAAUAAAGUUAUAAGACAGGCAGGGAGAAAGAAACCAAACCCCCACAAAUAGCAAUAAUUCACUUCUCUUUUUCAUUUCUCCCUUUUCGUAGUAUAUCUCUCUUUAUUGCCAGCUCCCCCCCUAUUUCUAGCGUUCAUUCUCUCUCUCUCUCUAACAAUCUCUGCGUUUGCGCAUGCUCAUCUUUUGACUCAGAAAUUUCCGGCUUUGAUCUGAUUGCUCUUGUGCAAUUUUCAAAUAGCUGAUAGCUGGUUUUCAAACAUUAUCUACUCAAUUUUUUCCCCAUAAAAAGCAAUUACAAGAAGGAUUUUAGGCAAUGUCUAGCUCAACGAAAGCUCUGGAUCCUGCGUUUCAGGGAGUGGGCCAGAGACCAGGGACUGAAAUUUGGAGAAUCGAGAAUUUUCAGCCAGUUCCACUGCCAAAAUCUGAUCAUGGAAAAUUCUACAUGGGGGAUUCUUACAUUGUUUUGCAGACAACCCCUGGCAAAGGAGGUGCUUAUCUGUACGAUAUCCACUUCUGGAUUGGAAAAGAUACAAGUCAGGAUGAAGCUGGAACAGCAGCUAUCAAAACCAUUGAACUGGAUGCAGUUCUUGGAGGGCGUGCGGUUCAGCACAGGGAACUUCAAGGACAUGAAUCUGACAAAUUUUUGGCAUACUUCAAACCCUGUAUUAUACCAUUAGAAGGGGGUGUUGCAACUGGGUUUAAAAAAGCUGAGGAGGAAGCAUUUGAAACACGAUUGUAUGCAUGUAGAGGGAAACGCGUUGUCAGAAUGAAGCAGGUUCCUUUUGCCCGGUCAUCAUUAAAUCAUGAUGACGUGUUUAUCUUGGAUACUGAGAACAAGGUCUAUCAAUUCAAUGGUGCAAACUCUAAUAUCCAGGAAAGAGCCAAGGCUUUAGAAGUGAUUCAGUUUUUGAAAGAAAAGUAUCAUGAUGGAACAUGCGAUGUUGCAAUUGUUGAUGACGGGAAGUUAGACACUGAGUCAGAUUCUGGUGAAUUCUGGGUCCUGUUAGGUGGUUUUGCUCCAAUUGGCAAAAAGGUUGCCAGUGAAGAUGACAUCAUCCCGGAGACAACUCCAGCCAAGCUUUACAGCAUUGCUGAUGGUGAGGUGAAGAUGGUAGAUGGCGAGCUGUCCAAAGGACUGUUAGAAAAUAAUAAAUGUUAUCUCCUUGACUGUGGUUCUGAGGUAUUUCUUUGGGUUGGCCGUGUAACACAAGUGGAGGAGAGAAAAGCUGCUAGUCAGGCUGCUGAGGAAUUUGUGGUGAGCCAAAACAGGCCGAAAGCUACUCGCAUAACCAGACUGAUUCAAGGUUAUGAGACACAUUCAUUCAAGUCAAACUUUGAUUCUUGGCCUGCUGGAUCCGCAGCUCCUGGUGCUGAAGAGGGAAGAGGGAAAGUAGCAGCUUUGCUGAAGCAACAAGGUGUUGGUCUCAAGGGUAUGACAAAAACUGCUCCUGUAAACGAGGAAGUACCACCUUUGCUUGAAGGAGGUGGAAAGAUGGAGGUAUGGUGCAUCAACGGCAGUGCAAAGACUCCAUUGCCAAAGGAGGAUAUUGGUAAAUUUUAUAGUGGAGAUUGCUACAUCAUACUCUAUACCUAUCACUCUGGUGAUAGGAAAGAAGAUUACCUUCUCUGCUGUUGGUUUGGAAACGAUAGCAUAGAGGAGGACCAGAAGAUGGCUGCUCGGCUGGCUAAUACAAUGUCCAACUCAUUAAAGGGCAGGCCUGUACAGGGUCGCAUUUUUCAAGGUAAGGAGCCUCCACAGUUUGUAGCACUUUUUCAGCCGUUGGUGAUCCUCAAGGGUGGUCAGAGCUCUGGUUACAAGAAUUCUCUAGCCGAGAAAGGAUCAGAUGAAACCUACACUGCAGAUUCUGUUGCACUCUUUCGGAUAUCAGGAACUUCAGUUCAUAACAAUAAGGCAGUGCAAAUUAAAGCAGUGGCAUCGUCAUUGAACCCUGCAGAGUGCUUCCUUCUGCAAUCUGGCUCGUCAAUUUUCACCUGGCAUGGGAAUCAAAGCACCUUUGAGCAGCAGCAGCUGGCUGCAAAAAUUGCUGAAUUUUUGAAGCCAGGAGUGGCUUUGAAACAUGCUAAAGAAGGAACUGAAAGCUCAUCUUUCUGGUUUGCCCUCGGAGGCAAACAAAGUUACACCAGCAAAAAAGUUUCUCCAGAAACUGUCAGAGAUCCUCACCUGUUCACAUUCUCCUUAAAUAAAGGGAAAUUUCAGGUUGAGGAAAUUUACAACUUCUCUCAAGAUGACUUGUUGACUGAGGAUAUCUUGAUACUUGAUACACAUGCAGAAGUGUUUGUUUGGGUUGGUCAGUCUGUAGAUCCCAAAGAAAAGCAAAUUGUUUUUGAUAUUGGCCAGAAAUACAUUGAGAUGGCUGUAUCUCUGGAUGGUUUGUCUCCAUAUGUACCACUGUAUAAAGUUACUGAAGGAAAUGAACCAUCGUUCUUUACAACAUACUUUUUGUGGGAUCCCAUAAAAGCCACUGUUCAAGGAAACUCAUUCCAAAAGAAGGCUGCAUUACUCUUUGGGUUAGGACAUCAUGCUGUGGAGGACAAGUCCAAUGGAAAUCAAGGAGGGCCAACCCAACGGGCUUCAGCAUUAGCUGCCUUGUCUUCGGCAUUUAAUCCAUCUUCUGGGAAGUCAUCACAUCUGGCGCAGGAUAGAUCUAAUGGAUCCAGUCAAGGAGGGCCGACACAGAGAGCUUCAGCUUUAGCUGCCUUAUCCUCUGCAUUCAAUUCAUCACCAGGAUCGAAAACUACUGCUCCAAGGCCAUCUGGGAUUGGUCAGGGAUCACAAAGAGCUGCAGCUGUUGCUGCUCUUUCAUCAGUUCUUACUGCUGAAAAGAAAACACCCGAAACAUCUCCUUCUCGUAGUCCUCACUCAGAAACCAACCUUCCUACUGAAGGGAAAAGUGAAACACAAUCUGAGGUUGAGGGUUCUGAAGGAGUUGCAGAAGUCAAGGAAAUGGAAGAAACUGCAUCUGUACCUGAAAGCAAUGGGGAGGAUUCAGAAAGAAAGCAAGAUACAGAACAGGAGGGGAAUGACGAUGGGAAUAGUCAAAGUACAUUCAGUUAUGAUCAACUGAAGGCUCACUCUGACAAUCCUGUAAAAGGAAUUGAUUUUAAACGGAGAGAGGCUUAUCUAUCAGACGAGGAGUUCCAAGCUGUUUUUGGGGUGACGAAAGAAGCAUUUUAUAAAAUGCCAAAAUGGAAGCAGGACAUGCAGAAGAAGAAAUUUGAUUUAUUCUAGAGAUCAAAUCAGGUCCAUUAAAGGGAAUUAUUUUUCUACCCUUUUGUGCUCUAACUCAAAUUUCCUCGAUCAUUAUGGACUCGACUGCUCCUGCUGGAAAACUGUGCUUUCAUUGGUGGUGAGCCAUGCCUGGCUUGUUUUGUCUAGCAUCUCACUAGUUACUCCUUGAUGAUGGAGUGUAGCAGUGAUUAGUAAGCGGUAUUGAUUGUGAUUAUGCAUGAAGAGUGAGUUUUGCCCGUGUUUUUUUUACUUUAAAUCUACCUCUGCCUCUUGUAUUGAUACCAGACUGUAGUCUCUGGCAGUUGGGAGGUCAAAUUCUUUUAUUUGGUCACAGAGUAUCUCAUUGGUGAUUAUUUGACUUUAUUCUUCCUUCUUUUUAAUCUUUUUUAUUUUUUGAGAAAAAAGGGUGUAUAUGUACUGCACUUGUAAUCAAAUUCCAGUAUACAGGAACCGAAAGUUGUUGUUUGGAUGGAACAAGCAUGUAUGGUUGUGUGCAAAGAGUUAUUCAGUAAGCUUUCAUACC